AUGACCAUUCCGGAGCUUAAAUUUUACGUUCCUGAUUGUUUAACUCAAUAUUUGAAUUCAUUAGCUGAUUUAUCUCUUGAAGACAGACUAAAAGUCAUUCCAAACCUUGCAAUAUCAUUCACACUCAUGAAUCCAGACAUUUAUAAGGAUUUGUUGACAAAUAUUGUUUCAGAUUUUUCCCAGAUUGAGAAUUACCUUCCUGAUAGUCAUUUUGCAGACCACAUUAACAGUAGUCAGUUUUAUGAAGACCAAUUGGCCGCAAUUUGGGACAUUUUACGACCAUUAUUAGAUGAUUCGAAAUUGGCUUCAUCUGCGGCCUUCUUUUCAGCUGUGUUUUGUGAUGCACUAUCUUCUUUAUCUGAAAAUGUUCCUUCAUUCAUAAGUUCUAGGUUAUUAACGUUAUUAAUGUUCGAAAACACGAACAAACCCAUGAUAAUCUUAGCAUUUGGCCUCAUAUCAGAUCAUAUUGAUCCUCUUAUGCUUGAAAAAGAGUAUAUUUCCAACAUUUUUGCUGCAUCUCAAACGAGUGUUGAAGCUUUUAAGGCCACAAAGAAAACGUUAAAGGUUCUGAUGAACCAUGAUAAAAUUGAUGGCUCAAAGAUCGUUGAAGAAGUCGAUAAUUUGGGAGAAUUUAAUUUAGAUUUCACAAAAGACAUAUUUUCAAUACUAGAAUACUUAAUAUUUGUAUCGGAUAAGGUUGCUGUAACAAAAGCAAGUCGUUUGGUUUUAUCUUAUAUUCAGAAUGAAAAUUCACCUCCAAUUGUGAAAAUGCAUGCAAUAGGUUUACUUCCUAUCUUCCUGAAAUCGGAAUGCCCUGAUAUUUUUGUUAAUCUCGUUAUGAUUGGCGUAAAUAAGACAUUUGAAAUCAUUCAGCAGGAAAUUACACCAGAAAUUGCUCCACUUCUGCGAUUCAUUGUAUGUGGAUUUGUUAAUAAUAAGAUUACUGAUGUAGAAACCUUCAUUUUACCAUUAAAUCAGACAUUUUUAGAUAUUUGUGUCUGUGAAGACGAGAAAUCAUCAAUUAUUGCAAUGGAAUCACUCAGUAUGAUAUGUGAAAAGGACAAAAGCCUUGAUUUUCCAUAA